AGACUCGCAUUCAGUUGUCAACGAGAAACGCUGGAAUUAACAAAUGAAUAAAUUGACAGAAGAGCGUUAAAUUUUGAAAUUUUAAUUCGUGAUUUUUUUUGUGAGUGACUUUUUAUCGCCAAUAGAACACUAAAAAUGCCGCCAAAUCAAAAUGCCAUUGCUACCUUCACAUCUCUCAAAGUGGCAAUCAUCGGUCAAAGUCCUUUUGCUGUUGAAGUUAUGGAGAGAUUGGUCAGCCACGGCCAUAAAAUCGUCGGUGUCUUUACCAUAAUGGAUAAAGGCAAGAAAGAAGACCCUUUAGCAAAGGCAGCUAAAGAAAAUGACAUUCCUUGCUUCAAAAUUAAAGCGUGGAGAAGCAAAGGGGUGCCACUACCAGAAGUUUUAAGCCAAUACAAGAGUGUCAAUGCCGAUCUAAACGUUUUACCUUAUUGUUCUCAGUUUAUUCCUAUGGAGGUGAUUAACUACCCUAGAUUAAAAAGUAUUUGCUACCAUCCAUCCAUUUUACCAAGACAUAGAGGCGCCAGCUCCAUUAAUUGGACCCUUAUAUGUGGAGACAAAAAGGGUGGACUAUCAAUAUUUUGGGCAGAUGAUGGACUUGACACUGGUCCAAUACUUUUGCAAGAGGAAUGUGAAAUUCUUGAAGACGACACUGUUGAUUCACUUUACAAAAGAUUUUUGUAUCCAGUUGGUAUUUCUGCUUUAGCUCGAGCGGUUGACAUGGUUGCAAAUGGGACAGCCCCUCAAAUUGCACAAAGCGAAAAGGGCGCUACCUACGAUCCUAUGUUGAAUAAACCGGAGUUACAUAAGAUUGACUUUUCUAAAUAUGCCCUGGAACUCCACAAUUUUAUCAGAGGUAUGGAUUCUGUACCUGGCGCAAUGUGCAAUAUUAAACUACCAGGAAGUGAAGAAUUCCAAGAAGCACGUUUAUUUGGGUCUACUUUAUGGAAAUCUUCACUACCAAUAGGAAAAGAAAUAGAGAUUGAAGGAACGAAGCCUGGAAUAAUUUUUAACGAAGGUUUACUCUUGGAGGGAGGUGAUGGUAAAUAUGUUUGUGUCAAACGAAUAAAAGUUGGAGGUCGAAUGAAAAAUGCUGCUACUUUGGAUCAGCAAACUAAACAGAUCCAUAUAGAAUUCACUCCAGAAGAAAAGGAGCAAAUUGAGGAAAUUAAAAAUAUUUGGGAAUCAAUUUUGAGUAUUGAUGUUGACGAUGAUACUGACUUUUUUGCUUCAGGAGCUGGAUCCAUGGAUGUAGUAAGGCUAGUGGAAGAAGUAAAAGAUGUUUUCAAGACUGAAUUGGAAAACGAAGACGUCUUCUUGGCUCCCGUGUUUUCAGAAUUUGUCCAAAAUGUUGUACUAAAAUCCAGAGGUGCCUCCGGUAAUGUGGAAAUUCAAUACAGACCAAUUGAAUUAGAUGUUAACAAACGAAAAAUUAAAUUUCCCUGCCAACUGUUUAUCAACGGGGAGUUUAUUGAUGCUGAAGGAGGAAAGACUUUACCAACAAUAAACCCCGCAACUGAACAACUUAUUUGUGAUGUGCAAUGUGCUUCAGUUAAUGACGUAGACAAAGCUGUAUUGGCUGCCAAAAAAGCGUUUGAGGAAGGAGAGUGGAGUAAAAUUAGCCCUAGAGAAAGAGGACAAUUAUUAUUUAAGUUGGCAGAUCUGAUGCAACAGCACAAAGAAGAACUUGCAACUAUCGAAAGCAUAGACUCUGGAGCCGUGUAUACUUUAGCCUUGAAAACGCAUGUUGGUAUGAGUAUUGAUACAUGGAAGUACUUUGCUGGCUGGGCAGAUAAGAUUCAUGGAUCCACUAUUCCUGUUAACCAUGCUAGACCAAAUAGAAACUUAAGUUUUACAAAGAAGGAACCUAUUGGCGUUUGCGCGUUAAUCACUCCCUGGAACUACCCGUUAAUGAUGUUGUCAUGGAAAAUGGCAGCGUGCUUAGCGGCUGGCAACACUGUAGUAAUCAAACCUGCCCAAGUAUCACCAUUAACAGCUCUUAAGUUUGCAGAAUUAUCUGUUAAAGCUGGAAUACCCCCUGGAGUUAUAAAUGUUGUACCUGGAAAAGGUUCGGAAGCAGGAAAUGCCUUAGCUUGCCAUCCUUUAGUAAGAAAACUGGGAUUCACUGGCAGCACUGAAGUAGGACAAGUAAUAAUGAGAAGUUGUGCAGAUUCAAAUUUGAAAAAAGUCUCACUUGAGUUGGGGGGCAAAUCUCCUUUAGUAAUUUUUAGUGAUUGUGAUUUAGAUAAAGCUGUGAGAUUGGGCAUGCAAUCAGUAUUCUUCAAUAAGGGUGAAAACUGCAUUGCUGCUGGUAGACUUUUUGUAGAAGAUAGUAUACAUGAUGAAUUUGUAAGGAGAGUCAUAGCAGAAACUAAGAAAAUUGCCAUAGGUGAUCCCCUUAACAAAUCGACCUCACACGGACCUCAAAAUCAUUUAGCGCAUUUAAACAAACUAUUGGAAUAUGUAAAAAUAGGGAUUAAAGAAGGUGCAAAAUUAGAAUACGGAGGCAAAAGGGUGAACAAGCCAGGAUAUUUCUUUGAACCGGCGAUAUUUACUAAUGUAGAAGAUCACAUGUAUAUAGCCAAAGAGGAAUCAUUUGGACCCAUUAUGAUCAUCAGCAAGUUUACGAAUGGAGACGUGGAUGGAGUUAUCAAAAGAGCAAACGCGACAGAGUAUGGUUUGGCCUCAGGAGUAUUUACCAAAGACAUCUCGAAAGCGCUGAAAUUUUCUGAAAAAAUCGACGCUGGAACCGUGUUUAUUAAUACCUACAAUAAAACCGAUGUUGCUGCUCCAUUUGGAGGGUUCAAACAAAGUGGGUUCGGUAAAGACCUCGGACAGGAAGCGCUUAACGAGUAUUUGAAAACGAAAUGCGUUACUGUUGAGUAUUAGAGUAGUUAGUUUGUUGAAAAAUGUCGAUUGCAUUUAAGGCGUUCCUUGGUAAGAUUCACCAACUAGGUGAUUUCUUGACUACUUAUUAUAUGACAGCUAUAAUGUAUUUAUACUAUCUUAUGGAAAUGAUAUUAGUUUAGAUAUUACUUUUAAAUUAUUUAAUUUUAUAAAUAGAUUUAAGAAAUUUAUUGACAUUGCUUCUAAGUAUGAAUAAAUGUGAAUAGUUUUGACAGAUAAACGUA